ACACGCUCCUCUCCGACAUGGCGGCGGUGAUGCGGGGCACUUGGUGCCGCUGUAUCCGGAAAUGUUUGGGGAGCGGACUCCAGCUGUUCUCCGGCCGGGGUCUUGUACCCGGAAUCCACGGCCCCUGCUAUCGAAUAUGCGGCCCAGGUGUCGAGUUGCAGCCGGCCAAGUCGUACUCCUCUGGAAGCAGGAAAGGCUUCCUCUCUGGUUUGGUGGAUAAUAUCAAGCAAGAAUUAGCCAAAAAUAAAGAGAUGAAAGAAAGUAUAAAAAAAUUCAGAGACGAAGCAAAGAAGCUAGAAGAGUCUGAUGCCCUCCAGGAAGCCAGAAGGAAAUAUAAAACUAUUGAAUCUGAAACUGUCAAGACCUCUGAAGUCAUUAAAAAGAAAUUUGAAGAAAUCACUGGGACCAUGAAGGAGAGCUUGGAUGAAGUUAGUAAGAGCGAUAUUGGCCGGAAGAUCAAAGAAGGGGUGGAAGAAGCCGCAAAAACAGCCAAGCAGUCUGCGGAAUCUGUGUCCAAGGGCGGGGAGAAGUUGGGGAAGACUGCUGCUUUUAAAGCCUUUUCUCAGGGUGUUGAGACAGUGAAGAAGGAGCUAGAUGAAAGCGUUCUAGGGCAGACGGGCCCGUACCGCCGGCCGGAGCGACUGAGGAAGAGGACAGAGUUUGCCGGAGAGAAAAUCAAAGAGGAGAAAGUUUUUGAACCGAACGAGGAGGCGAUGGGAGUCGUGUUGCACAAGGAUUCAAAAUGGUAUCAACAGUGGAAAGAUUUCAAGGACAAUAAUGUGGUUUUUAACAGAUUCUUUGAGAUGAAGAUGAAAUAUGACGAGAGCGACAACGCCUUCAUCCGGGUGUCCCGCGCUGUGACAGACAAGGUCACGGACCUGCUAGGGGGCCUGUUCUCCAAGACAGAGAUGUCUGAGGUCCUGACGGAAAUUCUCAAAGUGGACCCAACCUUUGACAAGGACCAUUUUCUGCGGCAGUGCAAGGAUGACAUCAUCCCCAACAUCCUGGAGGCAAUGAUAGCGGGAGAGCUUGAUAUCCUCAAAGACUGGUGCUACGAAGCAACAUACAGUCAGCUGGCUCAUCCCAUCCAGCAAGCCAAGGCCAUGGGCCUACAGUUCCACUCCAGGAUCUUGGAUAUUGACAACAUAGACCUGGCGAUGGGGAAGAUGAUGGAGCAGGGCCCAGUCCUGAUCAUCACAUUCCAGGCCCAGUUGGUGAUGGUGAUCAAGAACCCAAAAGGAGAGGUGGUGGAAGGGGAUCCGGACAAGGUGCUGCGCAUGCUGUACGUCUGGGCCCUCUGCCGAGAUCAGGACGAGCUCAACCCGCACGCUGCCUGGAGGUUGUUGGACAUCUCAGCGUCUAGCACGGAGCAGAUCCUCUGAAGGCAUCGCCGGGUGGGGCGGGGAGAAGCGGGCCACCUGUGCCCCGCGGGGCCGGCCCCCACCGCCCACACAGGCAGAGGCUCGGGGCACGUUACGGAUCGACUCCUGGGAGAGGGGAGGAGGGUCUGGGAGGGGGCGGCCACCCUCGCCAGCAUUCUGGGAGAGCCAUCACCAAGCGAGAUGGGGCGGAGGCCGAGUUGAGCACCUGGGAAGGUGGUAGCUGUCAUGCGAAGGUGGCUGCUUGCCUCUGAAGCUUGAGGGCGGGCGUGGUGGGCAGUCCAGCCAGGUGGAUUUGGUAGGGGUGCGAGAUGAGGUCUUAUGAUCGCUGGGGGAAGCGGCUCGAUUCUUGGGGUGGGGACACGGGGGUGGGGCGGGGCUGGGGGGGGAGAGGGUGCUACCCUUCACAUUUGGCUGUUGGCCCUCCUGGGUCCAGUUCACACCAAUGUUCCUACAUCAAACCACACGGCUGUUCUCGGACCACACUUGGGACGGGUCUGUCGGGGUCAGGCUGGCUUGACAGGGAAUUCACGUUCCCUGUCCCCAUCCUGAUCCCCUGGAAGGCUUCCCCAACUGCUGCAGGCUGGGGGCAGGGGCAAGGGGGCGGCAGGGUGCGUGGACUCAAAGCCUGCAGUGGCUCAAGAGAAGAGUGAAUGUCACCCGUUGGGUGACAUCCACCUCCUCAAGAGGGAAAGGCUCCCAGCUGGCUCCAGGUGGGGUCUGAACAGGGUGUGUUAGGGGGCAGGUGGGUGGACUGAAGUGACUGUGGAGAGCCAGGGGAUAAUCACUGUGACUAUUGGGGAGAGGGAGGAAGUGUCAGGAGUGCUCAUAAGACUUGGUGGCUGCUCAGCAAAUCCUGAAGGUGGCAGCAGCUGCUGAUCUUGUCUCGAAAGUGAAAAGCACCCACCUUGCUUCCCUUGCCCCAAGAUGGCAACCCGUGCAGGAGCCAGUGUGAUCCUGGGAGCAGUGGAACUUGGGCUGAACCCCUUCCAGGUGACAGUUGGCAGCUCCCAAACUAUGGACGGGGGAGCCUGCGAGUGGGUGGGCACAGCUUGGUUCUACCCGGGAUAGUCCAUCAGCCAAACCAGGUGAACUCGGUUGUUGUUUAACCAGGCAUCUAUAAAUUAUGUACAUCUUGACUGGGAUUUGGAAAUAAAACACCAGACUGAAAUCAA